AUGCAACUUCUUUCUGUACUUUCAUUGUGCCUUUUCGUAUCUGGGGGAAGUGCCCAGCUUUAUGUCGACUCGAAAUCGUCCACUUCGAACACGACUUCCCUUCUUCGGAACGUUGAAUAUGUCCUACGUUAUGAAUACAGAAUGGUUCCUUUGAAUGCGGACUUCACCGUUCUCGAUGACUUUAACCACGAUAUCCUCUCCAUCGGUACCGAUUCAAACGGGGAGAUUAUUGAGGUCAAACCCAACAACGGCCGUAGUCAAUGGCACAUGACGCGACUAGCGAGCUACACGCAUGUUGUACGCGACAAAUACAGCAACAAAUAUAUACACUUUCCGACACUGAAGGAUGGUGCUGUUGCCACUCUUAGCUCUGACGCCGCAACGUUAUUUGAAGCCGUGAUAGGUCCAAACGUUAUCUACAAUCUCAAUGCAACCGAUGCCCACCCUCGAGACGCUCCUUUGUUUUGGACGGUGGAACCACUCAAUGCAACGGACCAACGUUCUGUUCUGAAGCUACGUAAGCCGGCAUAUGGGAGAGCUCGUCAGGAUUUCCUCAUGAAGAAGACCCCACAACAUGGCUAUUAA